GUUGUUAUAAACCGGUGCAUGCCGGGAAAAGUGACGCAUCCAGCAUGGCGGCUUACACGGAACAAGAUGGAAAGACAGCCAGCUCCUCGGAUGUGGAUCUAUUACUGCACCCUGAGCUGAUGUCCCAAGAGUUUUUGCAGCUUGUCUUGUGUGGGAAAAACGUCAGCACCAGAGGCUGUGAUAGUCGGGACCGGCUCACAGAGCUUUACCUGCAGCAUGUCAUCCCGCUGCCGCAGAGGAGACUACCGCACAGCCGCUGGGGGAGGAGGAUGGAGAAGAGCCGAGGGAGGCAGUCCUCAGCCGGGCACAGUUCCAGUAACGACCACAGCAGGAAACGGCCUCUGAUCGUGUUUGAUGGCACUUCCUCUCACUCUGGCCCUCUGAAAGUAAAGAAACCAGAGGGAACCGCCGUGUCACCGGGAGUCUCUGACAGGUUAAAACCUCCUCCUGCUGUGAACCUGUCCAACCCCGUCCGCAAGAUAUCAGGAAGCACAUCCUCCUCUUCCUCUUCAUCAUCCAGUCUUUGCAGCACUGACACAGCACAUCUCAAACGGGAGGCAAACAGCACGGGUGGAAUGCAUUCUCCAGAAUCGAAGAAAAAGAUCAGCCAUGUGACGUGGCCCUGACCUCUGACCCCUGUUACCACAGACCUGAUGGGAGCUCACACUCUGCGGGACAGACCGCUCUCCUCCCAACAAAUGCUGUGGUCCAGUAUCUGUGCUCUCCCGUCACAGUCAUCCCACUAAUCACAAACGGAGUGAAAAUCCUCUUUGCCCUUCAUGUGUCACAGCUUUCAGUCUGAGAGCUAACAGGUAGGCCGGUGCUCUGAAGACCCUCCAGCUUCUGAUGUCAAACGUUUCCUCGUUGCUUUCCACAACCUCAAGUGCUCUUACCAUCCGUUAUCAGCAACUCUCAUCAAGUCCAUCAAUUGAAGACCUUCUAGAGGACAACACAAGUAACAUGACUUUUGUUUUCUGAAAUAACAUUCAUGGAAGUUAUAGUUGUUGUUAUUUAGUUUAGAGAUUUGGUUUUGAUCAGAAAGCUUCCAGUACUGCUUUGAAAGGGGUAAACAUGAGUGUGUAAUGAGUUGAAUUUGAUCACCACAACUAUUUAGAAAUGUUUGCUUGCACCAGUUAUCAUUGUAAACCAUCUGAUGCAGCGUUGGUGCUCUUGCAAAAUACAAGAUAACAGAAGAGAGAAUUGAUGCCCUAUGAAUUACAUACAACACACAGUCCACAUCCGGCAAGUUAAACUAUAGUGUUGUGGUUGUGCUGUCGCAAAGACUACUGGAUUGCUUUCCGUAUCCUACUACUAUCGACACAUUUAGCAACUUAUGAAGACCAUUAGGUAGAAAUCAAGACCUAUAUUCCAAUAAGUUCUGUUUGAAUGAACUCCCAAUGUUGCUCGGAGUAAUCGAAGUGCACGUACUUCUGCCAACAGCCUAACAACCAAUAUGCAGAUCAGUGUUUGCCGUCAUCCUAAGCUAGUGCUAGAUAGUACAAGAGGGCUUCUCUGCAUUUAGAUUUACCCGGUAACUUUGGUUGUUUCACCGUCAACUUCUACACUGCUGCGGAUAGUAACUGCAAACAUCUACCAUUGUUACUAUUUGGUAACUGGAGUUAGCAAACUUUUCCUGUUCUUUGCCCAAUAGUUGAAGAUCUUUGUUUUAGCUGUAAAUUGGCCUUUAUUUUGAUUGGAUGGCACUUGGUGGCAGACAGAAAGGGCUUUUAGAGAAACUAUCACACUGAUGGAGUCAUUACUCUAUACAAAUUUAACAUUUACUUAUCAUUAUGAUAAGGGAAAGCAAAAACAUGUCUGUUGCCAUCUUAACUGGAACUGGGGAAAAAACUGUGAUGUAUUUCUUCUCAAUGAGCGCCUCUCCAAUCAUGUUUGGCUUUAUUUAAAUCUCAGUGCUGUAAUACAAGUUGUUCAGGGUUUUUACUCUAGUGUGGUAUUGUACAUAUGUUGCACUUAAAGGUGGGGUAGGUAAGUUUCAGAAACCGGCUCGAGUGCACUCAAAUUUGAAAGUACACAGCCGAAAAGAAUCCGCCCCUUCCUUCAGACUUCCUCACAGAGCACCUCCUCCAACACACAUGCACGCACAUGACGUCAGCAGACUGGUGAAAGGGGCCGCCUGUUGCUGGCGAGUCGUUGAAGUACUGCUGCAAUGCGAGAUGGA